GGCAGUUGCGCGCGCAGGCGCAGGCACGGCGGCGGAUGUUUACAGCGGCGGAGGUCGGCGCGGCGCCCCCGGGACGAGGACGCGCGAGGGACGCGCCCGAGGAGCUGCCGGUCGCUGCCCAGGCGGCCCGAACCCGCGGGCCGGCCGAGCCCCGAGUAUUGCCCAAGUGUGAUCUCAGACACCAUGGGUGGUGCUGUGAGCGCUGGCGAGGACAACGACGAGCUGAUAGACAACUUGAAAGAAGCGCAGUAUAUCCGCACCGAGCUGGUAGAGCAGGCUUUCCGAGCUAUCGACCGUGCGGAUUAUUAUCUUGAAGAAUUCAAAGAAAAUGCUUAUAAAGACUUGGCGUGGAAGCAUGGAAACAUUCACCUUUCGGCCCCGUGCAUCUACUCGGAGGUGAUGGAAGCCCUGGAUCUGCAGCCUGGACUCUCGUUUCUGAACCUGGGCAGUGGCACUGGGUACCUCAGCUCUAUGGUGGGCCUCAUUCUGGGUCCUUUUGGUGUAAACCAUGGGGUGGAACUUCACUCAGAUGUGACAGAGUAUGCGAAGCAGAAACUGGACUUUUUCAUCAGAACAAGCGAAAGCUUCGACAAGUUUGACUUCUGUGAGCCUUCCUUUGUUACUGGCAAUUGCCUGGAGAUUUCUCCUGAUUGUGCUCAGUACGAUCGAGUGUACUGUGGGGCUGGCGUGCAGAAAGAGCAUGAAGAGUACAUGAAGAAUCUGCUCAAAGUGGGAGGGGUCCUUGUCAUGCCACUGGAAGAGAAGUCUCGUCUUUGCACUGUAGCUCCAGUGGCAGUUCGCAGCCUCCAAGACUUGGCUCGCAUUGCCAUCCGGGGCACCAUUAAGAAGGUCAUUCAUCAGGAAACAGUGAGCAAAAAUGGAAACGGACUGAAGAACACCCCCAGGUUUAAACGAAGGAGAGUUCGCCGCCGUCGGAUGGAAACGAUUGUCUUUUUGGACAAAGAGGUCUUUGCCAGUCGGAUUUCCAACCCCUCUGAUGACAACAGCUGUGAAGACUUGGAAGAGGAACGGCGGGAAGAAGAAGAGAGGACCCCCCCUGAAACGAAGCCAGACCCCCCUGUGAACUUCCUACGCCAGAAAGUCCUGAGCCUCCCUCUACCAGAUCCCCUGAAAUACUACUUGCUUUAUUACAGAGAAAAAUAAAUCUCCUGUUUGAGAAGGGAAAUGAGGAAGAGCAGAUUGCCAAGUCUGAUGUGUGUGCCGCCUGUCUGCUGCGGAGGGGACGCCUGGGAGCAGACGCUGUGGGGAAGGGAACUGCCAUACUUGUCCACGUUGUAGUCUUCUUCUUCUAGUUCUUGAUUGUCCUCUAAAAUUUUGAUUCAGUUGUGUGAUUUCUUUACAUAAUCUGACAAGAUCUACACUGCAUAGAAGAAUGUUUUCCCAAAGUGGAGAGGAUCUUCUUAGAGAAGGGUAGAAGGGUGUUUCUUUUUUAGUUCUGGUGAAACACUAAAGUGUACGUGGUAGAGACUGUUUGAUGUCUAUCCGUGUCACAAGAUGCACAAGAUUUUUAUGCAUUAAAAAUGAAAACUGAAGUUGAAACUAACCUGUGUUGCUUAUAAAGUGUGAAACAAAGCACCAGUUUGUAAAUGUAUAAAAUUUUCUCUGGGUACGACACACCUGUGUCCAAGUUUGAAUUUUAGGAUAACAACCGCUUCAUUACUGGCACUGAGUUUCACUGAACUUCUUAGUUUUCUAGAUGGGAAAACAUUAUUGAGAAGCCUUCCCUUAU